UCGAACUUUCAACGAUUCGCAUCCGCCACAAGAUGAAGCUUCUCGUAGUAACUCUGUGCUCGGUGCUGCUCCUGGCAGCCCGAGCGGAGGAGCAAGCAGACGACACGGCAUCCACCUCGCAAGACCUUCGGGAGAGCGAGCCCCUCCACACCCAAGAGAAACGAAGUGUGGCCAAACUUCUCCUUCUCAAGGCCUUGCCGCUGCUGAAGAAGUUGCCGCCGGUGCUGCCUCUCCCUCUGCCGCUUCCGCUGCCCUUGCCUGUUCCUGUGCCGCUUCCUGUCGGGGUGAACGUCACUCUUUCUUCGUCAGAGUAUACGACUGCUCGGUCGUUUACACAGAAUCACUACUAAGAACCAUUCUGACCAUUCUGCCGAUUUUCUUUUUUCGCUGAAAUGAAUGCCAUUAGCCAAACGAUACUUUUAUCUUGAUUUGAUUAUUCAACCAUGUCAGUGCACGUAACGCAGUUCGUGUGCGAAAUGAUCUGUCUACAGAUUUCCGCUUCUUUAUGUGAUCGGAAAGGUCUUAUACAAUAAAUAUUUUGAUAAGA